AUGCCAUCCGAGUCUCCAGAGGCGGCGGUCGCAAACCUACAGCCGACGGACGAUGACAAGGCGACCAUUGGGACGGAGUUUGAUGCGGGAAAUGUGGGAAAAGUGGAGGUGGGUGCUGAUAGAGAAGGGGAGGAGAGCGUAAGAAUUGUUGAGGAAAAGCAGGGCGGAUCAGAAGAAGUUGGUAAGAGGCGUGGAAGGAGAGCAGGCAACGUGAAAGCAAGGCGCGAAGGAAGCGGGAGUAAGAGCGGAGAGGGGGAAGCAUCUGAGGAGGAGCAAGAGGAUGUGUCAGUGAUUGCUCAAAUUGUAAAAGAGGAGGAGGAGGGGCUUGGGAACGGAAGGAGUGGGGGAUGGGAGGAGAUUGAAGGAGGGGAAGAAUCGGAUGCAACAACGGUGGCGGCGGCGGCAGCGGCGGCGGCGGUCGAGGAGGAAGUUGGAAUGGACACAGAAAUGCAGGAUGAGGAAGUAGAAGCAGAAGCGAGUGAGGAGGGUUUACCAAGCAUGCCAUCUCGUCCCACUCGUGCCACCUCUCGCUCCUCCCUCCUCUCCCUCUACCGCUUCUUCUCCUCCCACCUCGGCAUCUCCUCCCCUUCCACUGUCGCUUCCCUCCUCGCCUCUUACCCUCAACUCCUCCGCUCCAAUCCCACCAACGACUUCCUGCCACGUGUCUGUCUCCUCCAAUCGUUUCGCAUAUCUCUCGCCGACAUCGUCCACAUAAUUGUGAGAGGAUCUGUCUGGCUCCGAUCCCCCCUGCCACUGAUAAACAACAAGAUUGAGUUUCUUUUGGAUAAAGGCGUCCGCUGA